AUGUCGCUGGCCAAGCAGCAGAAACCUGGCGAUUCAAUACCCGACUUCAACGCUGCUGUGGCUGCAAAUAGCGUGGGCUAUGACACGCCGCCUUCGCUGUCUACUGAUGAUCGCGAAAACAAGCAGUCACUGCGUGAUCCCGGCACACUGCUCGUGAACGGCGAGGGAACGAAUUAUAUUGAUAGCGCGAACUGGCGUGCCAUUCUUGAAGAGGUUUGUAUUGAUCCUGAUAUCAUUGAGAAUUGUGAGCUGACGGAAUCCAAGAUCAAUGGGGUCAAGGAACAUAUUGAAGAGCUUGCAGAGAACUCUGACGAUGACGGACUUGAAGAAGAUCCAUAUAGUGAUAACUCCCCGGCUCUGCUACUUGGAACUGGUAGACCUUUCAGCAAAGAAGAGCUGAUCGUGGACAUCCCACCGCGAUCGACUGUUGACCGACUCGUCUCUCGCUUUCUCAAAACCCCGGAGCCAUCAAUUCUGGCGAUCCAUGUGCCGACUUUCCAGAAAGAGUACGAGCAAUUCUGGACGUUUCCGCAGGGUAUGUCUUACACAUGGAUCGCCCUGCUUUAUUCAAUUAUGGCCUUGUCGAUAUCCAUGUACCACCGAAGCGAUGAACCUCUACCUCUCAACACGGUUGAUUCGAUGACUGCUUGGAACCAUUUUCGAAGACUGGCAGCACAGUGCUUGACACAAGCGAACUACAUAACACCUGGACAGCACAAAGUCGAAGCGCUGCUCAUGUACACACUGUCUGAGUUUUAUCGCAACCUGGAUGCCCAGAUGGGAGUUUCGUUCCUCUUUGGGAUCACGAUUCGACUAGCCAUGCGUAUGGGAUACCAUCGUGACCCAAGCCACUAUCCAGGCCUUUCUGCCAAGGAUGGUGAAAUGCGCCGCCGUACAUGGGCUCUAUUAACCCAGCUCGACACUUUAAUCUCGUUCCAGGUCGGUCUGCCACGGACCAUCCAGCCCUGGUUUUCGGAUACCGGGCUACCAUCGAAUUUGUUAGACACAGAUUUCGAUGAAGAUACAACUGUAUUGCCACAGAGUCGACCUGACGAUGAACGAACGCCUUCCUCGUACACAUGUGCCAAAGCCCGCAUCCAGCACGUCUUUGGACAAAUUUCCGACUUGGCAUACUCACGCGAACCGGUGUCCUAUGAUGAAAUUCUGGAGAUCGAGCGUCGUCUUGACGAAUCGCAUAACAUGCUGCCUUCAUUCUUCCGGAUACGCCCAAUCGGCCAAUGCAUUGCAGAUCCGUCAGAAUUGGUUAUGCGCCGGUACACACUGGAAAUGCUCUACCAAAAAGCACGAAUUGUGUUGCAUCGUCCGUACCUUGGCGAGAGGCAUAGGCAUGAUCAUUCGCGAGUAGUCUGCUUGACAGCAGCCAAAGAAACUCUCCGCCAUCAUGCAGAUAUUUGGAAUGAGUCUUUGCCCGGUGGUCAAUUUCGCGCCGAGCGCUUCUUUGUGAAUUCCUUCCAGAACACGGACUUCGUGCUCUCUUCUAUGAUUCUGUGCUUGGAGCUUUCGCAUGAUAAUGAGCGUGGACACAAUGCACAUUUGAGUCUCCAAGAGCGCACCAAUAUUUUGGUCCUAUUGGAGACGACUCAAAAGAUCUUCGGAGAGACUCGGCGUCGGUCCGUCGAUACACAGCGAGCAUUUGCCGCGUUAAGUCUCAUGCUCGGUCGAGUCAAGGGUAACCCUCUGCAGAGUCUUUCGUCUAGGAGCGACAGUCAAGAUAUCUCCAUGGAAGGUAUGUCAGAAACCUUCUUCCUUGGCGGCGAUGCUAAUCAAGAAACCAGAUAA